AUGACGCCUCAGCAGCUCACGAGAAAUGAUUCUGGCCGAUCGACGUCCCAGGAUAUCCACGACCAACAUGACCUGACGCUGUCUCGCACGCCACGUCCCUAUCUUCUGCGGGCAGAGACCCUGAGGACGGCGCAUAGACAGCCAACUGACAAUGGCUCUGGCGUCGUCUCGAACGGACAUGUUCCCUCCCUGAGACCCAGUCGCUCUGAGUCCAGUGAGAGCGGCACAGAGGCAGACGACGAGAAGGGUCCUUUUCUCAAGGGGCUUCCUGCCCCCCCUCCACGUCUGCACAAGGGACUUCGAGGGACUUCACCGGCCAACCUGACUCCCGCUCAUAGUCCGCUUCCCACACCUCCAGCCUUUGUUGAAGGAGACGGCCCCCGUUUUUUUGACUCGGUACAGAGGACCGGGAAAAGACCACAACGGACGAGGGAGCAGGUGAGAGACUACGAAGCAUAUAAGAAACGGAAGCGACGCGAGAUCGUUCGACGAUGCACGGAAACCUCGCUUCUCUGUGGCAUUGGGGUUGUCGUUUGGAACAGCAGAGGAGGUUCAGCAGGUCUCAAGGACUGGCUCAACGAAGUCGCGGCAUUCCUCUUACUUCCGCCAGUCGUCUACCUACUCUAUCCGCUCAGACUUACGGCGCGUGCCUUGGCUGCCAAAAAAUCUGUUCUGCAAGCAUUCAGGCUAGGAUUCCAUAUCCCCUCUCGAUUUGACCCUGGACCGUUAUUGUAUCCGGUAACGCUGCCACUAAUGGUAUCCAUUUCACUGUUUCACCGGAGUGUUGCUUUUCUCCCAGCUGCAAUUGUCUGUGGACUGUCGUCGAUACCGCCGCUGAUUACAGCAACACCAAAGACUCCAGCGAUUGGCGAGCAUCUACAUUGGCUUCUUUCCAUCUUACCUCUACAUACCUCCAAGUACCGAUUAUAUUCGACCUCAAUUUCGAAGCCGUUGUUAUUGAAAGUUGACCCCGGUUCUCCCUUGACUAGGGAAGACCUGGUCGUCUUGUUUCCCCUGCACCAGGCUUUAACCUCAAUGCUCGGGUACCUUACGACCUCAAGCCUGGAUGUUUCAGAACUCCAUCUGCUCUCGUCGGCGCUAAUAAAUCUCUACAUUUUUUCCCGGACGCCCCAAGCUGAGAUUCUCAAGGCAAUGAUAUGGCUCGGGGGUUUGUCCAUUUUCAUUACCUGUAAGAACCUUCUGAUGUGGGAAGUCGCCCUGGCACGAGUGCCCACUUGGAGGCUGUUGCGCUCACGGCGGCCUGGGGGAUUGAUCUCCAAGUUCGAUCAAUACCUAUGCACCUUUCUUGUGCGGAGCAGACGUCAACGCGUAGCGGUAGACAGCUCGGACACUGAAGAUGAGGUGCAACCCAUGAAUUCUAUUCCCAGACUGAGACCCAGAUUGAAGCUGCAACUGAACGGCCGAGCCUUUUCUGCUACCGAUUCGGCUCAGGAGCCGGCGUCAGCCUUUGACAUCCCGCUUUCCAAGGCUACCUCAUUGGACACCGCGGCUUUGUCGACACCACUUCGAAGGAACACGUUCACAGCAUUUGACCAAGGUCGCCGCAAGCAUCAGAUGCCGACGGCGAAGAAGGUAAAACCAACUCCUACUGGCCCUUCCGCCGCGUUCCUAUCAUUCAGCGUGGAACAAGCUCGAGUUCGAAAGUAUGCAUAUGCGGCGAUCGCGUACAUGUUUGUGACUAUCACAAUUCUGGGUCCGGUUCGGCUUUACGUUGGCAAACGAGCAUUGUCAAGCCAUGAGCCUGUUGGUUGGGCGCUGGGCUAUUUUCUCGGCAAUCUAUCCAUCGUCAGGCUUUGGGUGGUUAGCAACAAUCUCGAACGGUGGAUCUGCCUCCCAGCUCGAGAAAUAGGCCACUCGCUGCCAUUUGAAGACGGUAUUGUUGAACAUGCCCGCCAAUAUGCCCUGGGAGCAGCAAACACACGCCUCAUCAUCUGUGCGUAUUGCCUUGCGGUGCUGAUGGCUGGGAUCGCCGCGGUCCUGCGCCUCACCUCGGUGGUCGAGGUCGACACAAGACGCAAAGUCUUCCAUGGCAUUAUGGUCGCAAUGCUCUUACCAACUAUCUUUGUGGACCCUUGUUUUAUUGCCUUGACGCUCAGUUUGAUUUUGGCGAUUUUUCUCCUGCUAGAUCUGUUUCGAGCGUCGCAGCUGCCUCCGAUCUCUAAACCUUUGACUGUUUUCCUCGCCCCAUACGUGGAUGGGCGAGAUCAUCGAGGGCCAGUUAUUGUGUCGCAUAUUUUCCUGUUGAUCGGAUGUGCAAUACCACUGUGGCUGUCACUUGCCGCCGCACCGCGCGUGGGCAAAGAUCCUUGGGCUGGUUGGGAUACAACAGAGCGAGAUCUGAGCAUGGUAAGCGGCGUUAUCUGCGUCGGGAUGGGCGAUGCGGCGGCCAGCUUGAUCGGACGGCGUUACGGCAAGACGAAAUGGUACUGGGCAGGAGGGAAGAGUUUGGAGGGCAGCCUCGCAUUUGCGUUGGCGGUGACAUGCGGUCUCUCGGCCUGUUGGAUCUGGCUCAGAUUGGGUGGCUGGGCCUCGUGGCAUGGCGGCGAUUCUUUUAUGUUCAUGCUGGGAAAGUGUGUGGUCGCGGGGACAGGGGCGAGCCUUUUGGAGAGUACUCUGACGGCGGCAAACGACAAUGUGGUUGUUCCGGUUGGACUCUGGCUACUAGUGAGGGGCUUGGAUAUAUAA